GGCAACAAAAAUACAUUGAAGCAGACGGUCACUUAGUAAACAAAGCCAAGCCAGACCAAAGCAAAUAAAGAACUUAGAAGCAAAGAGAAUCAAAGGAACACUUGACACACGAAAGUAAAGCGGAAAAGAAAUAAAGUACUAAAAUGAAAAUAAAGUUGCAUUUGGGAUGUCAAGGUGGUGGGAGGAUGCUCUUAAUGUCUCUCAAAGAAUUGACUAUGGAUCGUGAGAACAGGCAGCAGGUGGGGGGUUAAUAAUACAAGUGCCCUUUGAAUUUAAUAAGAAGACACUAUUAGCUCUCUGACAUAUGUUCCCCACCUGUGAGAGGGUCAGAAGAGCCAAAACCAGCCUUGAGUGUCUUCAUAGUUGCACAUGAAUCGAUGCCAUGGAUGGACGACCUUUUGAUGCUGUCAUGUCCGUGUCCGGGCUGAGCAGGAGGAUCCACUUUGGAUAAAGCAUUGUUCAAUUUGUCAGUUUGCCACCAAAGGAGAUGCCAAGAAGCGCUGAAGUCACAUGUAAACAGCGAGGUGUGUUCUCCUUCUCCCACAUGUAUUUAGAGAUUAAAUGUCAUCUUAAAAAGGUCCUUUCUCUCACUUCAAUGAAAUACUCCCAAAAAGCUUCCUCAUACUCAACAGAUCGCCUUGUGGGAAAGUAGCCAUGAAGUGCGUGGGUUCUUCAUUGUUUUGCUCCUCAGUUGCAUGUCCCUCUUAAUGACAAGACAACCCUGUCAUGCCACUCCAAUAUGUUGCAUGGCCGUAGAUUACAUAUGUGUUACUGAAUACAGCUUGAGCUGAAUGAUAAAAUAUAAAGUAGCGGAAAAUAAAUAAAAAAUCUUCCAAAAACACCACAAUGUGUGGCUGCAUUAUAGAGAACAAAUACAAAUGGCAAUUUUAAGAUGGAAACUAGCUCUUGGCACUUCCAAUGUGUCAGUUCUUAACUUUGUUGGUAUCAAAGUCAACAAAUAACAGAGAACGUGUUCAAAGCUGAACAAAAUAUAAACAAACCAUUGCAUCAUUAGAGUCAUAUUUAGAAGACCUGCCACUAGCAGAAUGCAUGGGGUGUCCGAAAACGUUUUUUCCACCAUUGUAUAUUUGAGGAAGAUCUGAGUGAAAACAUAUGGAUAUACAUGUUCCUACCUGACAUGAGGUGAAUGGAAAAGGCCUCAUGAGGCUGGAUAGCACGCAGCUGGAACUCAAAGUCGAUGGGACAGCUACAUCUCAGAGGAAUGGCAUGGAUUACACUGGAGAUAGAAAGAGAGGGUUGUUUUUCUGUCCUCAUCUGUCCUCAUGUCCACAGGCGCAUGGACGCACACACCGGUGUCCAAUUGGCACGGCUGGUAAAUCGAUACGCGGAGGGAUGUGCAGGUCAUCGAUGACUGGGUAGGCAUGAACUAGAAUUAACAGGUUUUCUUCCCCCUGGGAGGUCGGGCGAGGGCAUGAGUGACACAAACAAGAAAUACAAAAUGAGAUUUAUGAAACUAUGACAUGCUUCAUCAACUAGGUCCUCGCUAACUGGGGUAAUUUUGUGGUUCAAUUAGGUGGCUCCUAAUUUAAAAAAGUCACAUACUGACCUUGCAGUGAACCCGAACACAGUCUUGAAAGUAGCGCCACUCAUCCGGGCAGAAAUGGAUGUUGACGGUGUAAGCGAGGCCUGGUAUGAGUCGAUACUUGAGGACAACAUGAAACAGAAUCUUCAAAAAAAUGAAGCUGAUUGCGACAAGGACAAGUGGGUCAUGGUCUGUCAAUCAGCUUUCAGUAUCAUCGGGAAGUACCUUUUUGGUGUAGGUGGUGUGGAAGUGCUCAGUCUGGGUUGGGAUGAUGUGAAUAUUCAUGACUUCAGAUGAGAUGUUGAUGAGUUUCUGAAGUGGAGAGACAUCCAUUCAAUUUGAUAGACAGCUAUUCAUACUCAUACAAAUCAAGUAUAUAUUAGGGUGCAGCUAUUUUUGACAGAUUUGUAUCCAAAAUGUUUUUUUUUCAAAUCAGUAAAUAUGGCGGCUGUCAUUCACCAGACUCUUGAGGUACUCCUUUCCGGGCUGAAACCCACUGAAGUGAAGUUCAGAAGGUUCUGCUUGGAUCAAUGCGCUGCUCAUUUUGGCAUAGAUUUCUGUGAGGGACAAAAAAAUGUAUGCUAUUAAUGAACGUGUGACACAUAUACUAACAUGGGACCAGAAAGUGAACAAUAAAUAAAAAAAUAUUUUAUAUUAUAUUUUAAACUUUUUUUUCACUUUUGUUCUGGACUCCUGUUCUUGUUUAUCUUGAAUUUAUGGACACAUUCACACAUUCCCUAUGUCAGAUUUGAUCCUUGUGUGUUCAUAUCCAUGUGCAGACCAUAUCAGCAGAUUCAUGAAAUUUUACGGUUAGCAGGUUCACAAAGAAGAGAAGUCUUCCAUGAGCAGUACACUCGGUACUUAGGCAUUUUAAAUGUGCCAUGAACACAACACAUCCUCUCCUAGAGAGCGAAGAACCAUCAUCUUGGUCUCUACUGGACAAUUCAAUUGCCACGGACAACUUUAGAGAUGCAGCGCACAUGGCAACACCAACAAGUUGCGCAGCUAUUGAAGACGCAAGGGAAGCUGUUAAGUAGAUUUUGUCUUGAUUUCCAAUGACGUUGUAUUUAAAAAGUUUUGGAGUCAAUCUUGGGUUUAUUAUGACAAGUGAUGCAGUGAUGACAGUUUCGUACACACAAAACAGUGUUGAUUUGGCCAAAUAAUAUUUCAAUUACAAUACUUCCUCUAUUCCCUCUAUUUAUUCAUGUUUUUAUUUAACGUAGAAGAAUAGAAUUGAUUUGUUUUUCUCAGACAUAGGCGUUAUAUCACAUGAUUUUAUCAUGACAAUGCUUUUCAAUGCUCUUUCACACGGUGUGAACCUUUCUAGUUCACAAACAGUUUUUAGUUUAGUUAGUUAGGAAAAGCAUUUAAUUCUAAGAGCCAUUCUCCCCUCCAUCACGCGUCAGUUUGGGCAUAGAGUGAGGACAGGGGUAGGGGGCGUCGCCGCUGCUUUUCAGGAUCGCUGAGACACACACAUACAUUUACAGAUAAAUAAAUUAGUGCAUAAAUCGUGCGUGAUGAUGGAGCAGUGUUUAUGUUCUUUUCAAUCUUAUCGUCAAAUGUAUUACUUUUUUUCAUAAGACAUCUGGAGAUCACAUUGAGUAAUGUGUUAACAUAACAUUUUUGGUUUCAUAUCUCCUGAUUUACAGUUUUGCAUGGAGCUAAAAGAACAUGUUAUAUUUGGUGAGAACUGCUGAGGUAUUAGAGGGGUUAGGCUAAAACAUGGUUCAAAUAAUUUGCACUCUAUUCAUGGGAAAAUCUGCAGCUAUUCUUAAUAAUAUCAUUUGAAUCGACUGAUCUCAGCUAUGUUUACCUGUCACGUAACCAGAACGGUAUUGCGAUUAGGCUUGCACAUAACAUUGGUAGUUGCUCCUGGCUGCAAACAAUGCCGUGUUGUUUUUGGUUAAAACAUACUGGUUUCCAGCAGAUGGUUUGGAAUCUUCGCUCUGUUCUUGCUUUCCUCCACCAGCUGACCCAAAGGCAGCGGCGUCCUCCUCCUUGGUGUCCCUGGAGCACAGAGCCACUCCUCCAUCUUGGCACUGAGGGUCAUGACAGAGGGCUCCGGACACUCAGUUGUGUGUGAUGGAAAACAGUGUCCCCAUCCAGAUUCUGUGGAAAACAACAUGAUAGCUGACAGCAACUUGCCUCUUUGUAUUGGUAAAUAUACAAAGAAAAUGACUGACAUUUCUUCGAGGGAGGUAACAAGCUACAAAUAAAUGAUGAUGUUUUGAAACUUUGGUGCAUCGCUAGCAAACAAUGACCUUUCAAUAGCAAGAGGAAACUUAACUUUUCCCACGAGUCUGCAACAUAAGAUCACUAUAUACGACAGAAGGACUGACGUAAGGUCACUACAGCACUGACAUCGAAACCAUCAAUACCGUCUUCUUUUUCUCAAAACUGUGCAGAACGUUGAUGGAUGGCGCUCCGUCGUCAAACAAUGUUGUUACCAUGGCAGCCCUCGCGCACUGUCGGGGCGGGGCGCAGUUCCGUCGAACUCUGGCCGCUGCGGAUGCAACUGGAAUUCACCUCCUGGAUCAGAUAACGAAGAGAAUCCUAAGUGAUGAGAUGGCGUUUCCUGGAAUAAUUGGACUGCUUUUGAUUCAACAGGUGAAGCUGAAACUUGGCUGUCAACCGCAUAUUCUGCUGGUUAAAGAAGAAGAUAAGUGCAUGAAAGAGCUGGAGGUUUUUCAAUCAGACAACGGGAGCACACAUUGCAAGGGAAUGUGGGACCACCUGAACUGUUGGCCCCCAGCUUCUGUGGGUGAAACUGUCUCUCAGCCAUGUCCAGAUUUUUUCAGUGGAAGAGUGUUUCGGAACUGCACAAUCGGUGGCUGGUCUGACCCACUUGUUCCACAUGAAGACGCAUGCAGAUAUGCCUUUAAUGAAACACUUCGCUUCCUUGUAGAGUCUUCUGAUGCUCGUAUGCAUUUCUCCAACGUGAGGAUGAUGUACACGGUGGGAUAUACAAUCUCUACCAUCUCCCUCAUCAUUGCUAUCACCAUAUUCUGCCUGUUUCGGAAGCUGCAUUGUACAAGGAAUUACAUCCACAUCCAGCUCUUCAUCUCCUUCAUCAUUAAGGCGGUCUUCAUCUUCAUCAGAGAUAGUCUGCUAUUUACCAAUGGCGAGUUCCAUCGUUGCGACUACUACCCGGUGUCGUGUAAAGUGGUGCUGAUGUUCUCCAACUACUCCAUCCUGGCCAACUACAGCUGGUUGCUAGUGGAGGGUCACUUCCUGUUCACCCUGGUGAGCCGCUCCUUCUUCUCCCUGAGGAAGCAUCUCACCUGGUACAUGGUUCUGAGCUGGGGUCUGCCGUGGACGGUCAUCAUCUGUUGGGGAUGUGCCAAAUAUUUUUAUGAGGAUGAAGGCUGCUGGGAGACCAGGAGACAUGAAUGGAUUUGGUGGAUCCUCAGAGUGCCUGUUAUGCUGACUUUAUGUAUGAAUCUUGUUUUUUUCCUGCGAAUCUUGAAGAUUCUGGUGAGCAAACUCAAGCUGCCCGACGCACAGAAGCAUGAGUUCACCCAGUACAAGAAGCUGAUCAAAUCCACAUUUUUCCUGGUGGCUCUGUUUGGCCUGCAGUACAUCCUCUUCGCCUUCUUGCCGGUCCAGGUGAGCAGCUUCUGGACCUUUGCAGAGCUAGCUCUGUUGUCCACACAGGGCUUUGUGGUGGCUGUUCUCUUUGCCUUCAUGAAUGGAGAAGUCCAGCAGGAGAUUCUGAGGAGGUGGAAACGAUGGAGGUUGACUAAGAACCUUCCAAAAAGACCCAGGAAGCACCAGGGUUCCAUCAGCCACAGCAGCACUCCACACACACAAGUCUUGCUCCAGUCCUGCUCAACUGGUCGCCUAGCAACCGGCAGGCUCCCAACAGAUACGGUGGUCGUGUAACUCUUCAAGGGGAGGGAUGAUUUGCACUUUGUCCUUCACAGAAAUGUAGUUCAGAAAAAUGUGAAUUGCUCCCACACCACAGAAACUCAGUCAAUAUUAUGUAAUUUUGGCAUCUGCUAAGAUUCCAUCGGAAAAUAUUUUUUAAAAACUUUUAUUUUUGUAUCAGUCAGGAAAGCAUAUUCUGGAUUUCUACACAAGUCUGACCCAUUGGAAGACAAUGCUAAGCUAAUAUUUGAUAGCUACUUCCUCCGAAAAAAUGUGCGAAAUAAAGGCUAGAUCCCAUAUUUUUCCUUCAGCUCCUCCGCUAGUGCAAUGUAGGCAGUCAUUGCUUCAUCUGUAGACAUACCUGUCGAACAAAAGUAAACCAAUGACCGUCUGA